CAGUCAAGUCUCUGGGGCACAGCUGGGGGGCUUUGCCGGGAGGAGAAUAAACCAGGGACGGUGGUGACAGCCAGUACCGGAGAAACCAACUGUGCAUGGCGGGGGGGGCCCCAAAAUCCAUCCCCACUGCCUUCACCAGACCUCCUGGACUUUAUAGGGUUGGGCAAUAGCUUUGCACUGUCUCAUCCUGCAGCCCCCGCUGCACUUUUGGGACACCCAUCUGCUCCCCUGGUACACCCCGGGAGCCACCUCCGGCUCAGGGAGGGGAAAGACCUGCUUUGGAGCAUCCCUGGGGCCGGAGAGCAGCUCCCCUGCGGCACCAGCUGCCGGGGAAGGGAUGAAGACGCUAUGGCCAAAUUAUUGGUAAAACUCCAGCGGUAUUUUCGGCGAAAACCUGUGCAUUUCUUCACACUGCUGGCUUUCUACCUGGCGGCUGGCAGCUUGGUUUUCCUUCACUCGGGCUUUGCUGGGGAGCCCACGGUGGCGGGGAGCCAGCGCAGCCCCGGGGCCAGUGAGAGGCUGGGACUGCCCUACCUGGGGGUGAUGCAGCUGAGCCGUGGCUUCAAGGCGGCGGCGGUGACUAUGCCAGAGGGGGGACGGCGGCAUGGACCCUGGUUCAAAAUCACCUCCAAGGAACCGGUGGAGAGGGGCAAAGCUGGAGACUACGGCAGCACCCGGAGCCGGGCGCUCAGAGGCAGAAGCGGCCGUGAGAAGGAGGAGGACAGAGCAAGAUACAUCGGCUGCUACGUGGACAACACUCGUCGGCGAACACUGCGCGGCGUGUCCUUCUUUGACUACAAGAAGAUGACAGUCUUCCGUUGCCAGGACAACUGUGCCGAACGGGGCUACCUCUAUGCAGGGCUGGAAUUCGGCGCCGAGUGCUACUGCGGGCACAAGAUCCAGGCAUCAAAUGCCAGCGAGUCUGAGUGCAACAUGGAGUGCAAGGGGGAGAGGAGCAACACCUGCGGCGGGGUCAACCGCCUCUCCAUCUACCGCCUGGAGCUGGCCCAGGAGUCUGCUAGGAGAUAUGGCAGCGCAAUAUUUCGGGGGUGCUUCCGCCGGCCAGACAACGUCUCCAUCGCGCUGCCCAUCAGCCAGCUCAUGCUGAACAUGUCGGUGGACAAGUGUGUGGACUUCUGCACUGAGAAGGAGUACCCGCUGUCAGCCCUGGCCGGGACCACCUGCCGCUGCGGCUUCCCCACCACGCUCUUCACCCUCCACGAGCGCGAGGACGAGCAGCUCUGUGCCCAGAAAUGUGCCGGCGAGGAGUUCGAGAGCUGUGGCACUGCUGAAUACCUCCUCGUCUACCAGACCCAAGUGCAAGACAACCGCUGCAUGGACAGGAGGUUUCUCCCCACCCAUGCCAAGCAGCUGGUGGCCCUGGCCAGCUUCCCCGGCGCCGGCAACACCUGGGCACGCCACCUAAUCGAACUGGCCACCGGCUUCUACACUGGCAGCUACUACUUCGAUGGGUCUCUCUACAACAAAGGGUUCAAGGGCGAGAGGGACCACUGGCGAAGUGGGAGGACGAUUUGCAUCAAAACCCACGAGAGUGGCCAGAAGGAGAUCGAAUCCUUUGAUUCGGCCAUCCUGCUCAUCCGAAACCCCUACAAGGCUCUGAUGGCGGAGUUCAACCGCAAAUACGGGGGGCACAUCGGCUUCGCGGCUCACACCCACUGGAAGGGCAAAGAGUGGCCGGAGUUCGUGGCGAACUAUGCACCGUGGUGGGCGACCCACACCCUUGACUGGCUGCGCUACGGCAAGAAGGUGCUGGUGGUGCACUUCGAGGAUCUGAAGCGGGACCUCUUUGUCCAGCUGCAGAGGAUGGUGGGGCUGCUGGGCAUCACCGCCUGCGAGGACAGGCUGCUCUGUGUUGAGGGACAGAAGGACGGCAACUUUAAGCGAUCUGGCUUGAGAAAAUUGGAGUAUGACCCAUACACCCCUGAGAUGAGGAAGAUGAUCAGCGGCUACAUCAAAACGGUGGACACGGCUCUGAAACUCCGAAAUCUGUCGGGUGUCCCGGACGACUACUACCCGAGAUGAUGGUGACGACGGUGGGGGGACCUGACCGUGCGUGGCAAGGAAAGGCUCAGUCUCCCCGGCCUCUUCCUACUUCCACCCAGUGGGUGGCUUUUCUUUUAAUUCUCCAUCUGCUGCUAUUAGCUGUUAAUCAACUCUCUGCAUGAGCAACAAACGGUACCCAGCCAUCGCUGAGCUUGCUUGGCCGACGCCAGUGCGGACCCAGGCACGGUAGCACCCCAAGGGGUUGGGGGUGCUUCCCCACCUCAGGGUUCCUGCUCUGUUCCGCUCCCAUUUCGGCUGCCACAGCCCUCCAUGGAAAUGCAGCGGGAUAUUUGUGCCCGUCCCUCUGGGCUGGCUGGCAGGGAUGCUGCGUUGCUCGUGCUGUGCCUGGCUCACCUCCCAGCACCGGCACACCGCCGCAGGAGCUGAGGUCUGGAACUGCAUGGGCGAUGCUCCCAUGGGUCCCGCUUGGAGGUGGUGGAGAGUGGGAGGGCUGUGCCGGGGAGACCGAGGUGGCUGUGCCCUCCCUGUGCACCCUCCUUUGGCGCCACAAGGACCCUCCCUGAGCCUGGGAACAGGGGGGUCCCUGAGGCACGGCUGGCAGCCCGAGCUGCAGCACCGGGCAACAUUGCUGCUCUAUCUCUGCAGUCACUGCUCCAGCCCCGCUGCCCCGGGGGGCCCAUGACCCCCCCCCUCAGGGGGCUGCAGCAACCCCACCCAUGGGCUGCAGGUGGGAGCCAUCCCCACGUUUGUGGGCGAUGCUCAAGAGGGGGAUGUUGGCCCUGGGCAGAAGAGCUUGCGGGACCCACAAGCACAUCCAUGCCUCAUUUCAAAAGCUGAUGCACCAGAAGAGCCCCCCAGAAGCAGUUUUGGGGGUCACGAGCAGGAGCUGUGCUGCAGCCCAGCUGCAUCAAACCCAUGUGGCAGUGGGGAGCAAAACACGGGGCUGAGCUUUUUGGUGUCCCUCUGGCUGAAUCCUGCCCAUAUCCCUGCCACGGGACCCCCACCCUGCCCGCACCCUCGCCCGCUGCCUGCUGAUGAGCAAGUGAAACCAAAGGAUCUCCGUGCACAUCGGGAAGAUGCCAUUCACCAGGCUGGCUUUGCGCAGAGCUGCAUGUGGUCCCUGGCUGUCCCCCACCCCAUGCCACUCUCCCAGCUGGUCCCCAGCCUGGCUUUGUCGCAAACAAACCCUCUCCCCCCCCACUCCCUUCCAACCUGGAAGACCCCUUUGGAUGUAGGUGCAAAAGCCAUAUAUUGUACGCAGCCUUUUCUAGAGUUAGGUGUUAAACGAUUGGCUUUUAACUCUUGGUCUUGAUAGAAAUACCUGGACAGGUCAAAAUCUAGAGACACUGCUCAAUCUAUAUUCAAAGAGAAAGAAGAAAACUCCACGGAGAAAAAGGAGAAUUUAAAUAAAAUAUAUUUUUCUAACAUGCGUACAGAAAGGACAUGGGCAGUGAUCCCAGGGCUGGGGGGCUCCUAGUCCCCGUUUCUUUGCAUGAAGAGACUCUGCAGGGCUGCUGGGAGCCAGAGGUGGGCGAAUGUGUUUAUAGGGAACAGCUGCCCUGUUUUUAACUCUGCCCUUGACAAACGGCUGGAGGUUUUCCAGGAGAGUGGGUGAGCCCCAUCCUGGCAGCGGGAAUCAAGCUGAGCCCACACUCCUCCGCUCGCGGUGGCCCCGGGGCUGCCUACCUCGGUCAGAACAAAUCCUCAGGUCAAUCCAGCUAUUAAAGGAGAGCUUUUUGUUGCUA